UCUAAACAUCUUUCUCUCUCAUCCUCUUUUCUUUCCCCCUUCUUCGCGUUUCAAAUCUACUUCUACCAAUUUCUUCAAACAUUUCCUGAUCAAAUUCUGCCGAAAUGGUUGUCUAUGCUAUCGAGACGCCUGCUGAAUUCACCGAGAAGGCCAUCAACUCUAAGAAGCAAGUCACAGUCAUGUUCUUCAGGGAACGGUCCCCUCCUUGCAAGAUGAUGCGCCUUGCUUUCCAGAAGCUCAGCGAGGACUACCCGUCCAUCGAAUUCUGCAAUGUAGAUGUUGACGACCUUGACCAACUCACUGCCGAUUGGGGUGUUACUUCAUUUCCUACUUUCCUCUUCUUCAAAGACGGUGCACAACUCAAUAACUUCACUGUCUGUGGUGCCCUCACCUCGAACAUUGUUAAUGUUCUCGAAGACAUGUCUCAAAGUGAUGAUGAACAGGUAUAAGACUACAAAUGAAUACCAGCCUUAGAGAAUUUUUAUUCUUUUGUUUAUUAUUGUUUAUUAUGAUUUCCCCCCCCAAUUACUAGAGCUCCACAUUCCACUGCCUCUUUUAUCCCCCCUUAACGCAAUGGCUAUUUGGACUUUGUGCAUCACU